GUUCAUAUCUGAUAAGGUACAAGCUUCAUAACUGCUUCGUUGCUAAAGAAUUGAGUCAUUGACUUCAGAAAUCUUUCAGAAAAACUUGCAAUCGUCCAUAUAUUUCCAGAAGAACUCUCUCUCUCGAUCGAAUGAUGACGUACAUGGCCAAACACGUGACCACAUCGCUGUUGAUGCUGAUGGCGGCUGAAGCAUUUCUUGUCGACAACACCCACGACGAGACACUGCAGAGAGUGAUAACUGCCAUCGAGCAGCUCAACAGCAGACUACAGGCGGCCGAAGCCGCCCUGGCAGCAAGUAAAUACGGAUCUUGCCUUUGAUCAUGCCAAGUCUCUACACGGAGAAGCUGUCAAGAGACCGAAGUGACCUAACGACCCUGAAGUCGACGGCGUUGUCGGAUUUCAUCUGGUACGGGGACUGGGUAUUAGCAUUCCGGGCCACGCGAGGCAUCGGCAAACCUGUCUACGACACCUGGACAGCCGUUGGACGUCAUGACGACGACCCUGUGACCAGACUGGCUUUACCGUGUGGCUGCACCUCAGUAAACAGCUCCCUGCCCUGUGACAGACACUACCGCAGUCGUCUGCUGGACACCUGGCCGUCAGCAGCCAUAGACCAGGUGCGACUGGUGGUGUACGAUCACGGUGUUGAAAAGGCGCACGUGACGUUCAGAGGAACCGGCAGUACCUACAUGUCGUGGUUCUCGCUGGAUCGGGUAGUUGAGUCUUCGUGGGACGAUCUCACAACAGCAGCCACCGUCAACUCUUUCAGCAUUGAAGGAGAUUCACCAUCCGCAUAUCAUAGACGCUUCUACAUCAACCACGUCUAUAACGAAUGCCCUGGAGACUCCGGAUGGUUCGUGGUCAUUGAUCAGAUGACAGAUGUCUGUUCGUGGGCUAUCAAGAACUACUUCCCAGCUUUCCUGUACAGCCCCCAGACACACGUGAUCCUAGAUAGUGGUCUGGUAGAAGCUGAUGUCAUGGCAAUUUUUGUCAAGUUUCGCCAAUCCGCCAACCUCGGCGAUAUGUGCAUGAAAUAACUGUCAACGCCACACAGUGCGAAGUGUAUAUGAAGUGACUGUCAACAGCACCCAGUGACCACGUGACAACGUCAACACUAACUGUUGUACAGCAUAAUACUAUAAAAUAAAAUCGAACAUUAAUAGAA